AUGAAGGAUGCAUGGGAAGGUUUGGAACGAAGUUGUUUGAUUUUGGGUGGAUUGCCAUCACAAUACAAGCCGACGAUAUUGGCUUGGGAAAACGGUGGUACGGAAAUCACUGUAGACUAUGUAAAAAACAUGAUUCUGCAGGAUGUUUUAUUGAACGACGACAGUGAAAACUCUGAAACAACAUUGAAAUGUGUAAAAAAAAUUAAAGACAAAAAGAAUGACAGGAAGAAAAAGAUUCAGUGCUACAAUUGCAAGGGCAACCAUUAUCGUAACAAAUGUCCAGAAUUAAUGAAUGUUAAUACAAAUGAUAGUGGCAAAGUGCUAUUUAGUGCGUUUCUCGUGGACAAUAAACCGGAUGAUUGGUUUUUCGAUAGUGGUGCGACAGCACAUAUGACAUUCAAUCAUGGUAUUGUUGAGAACUUUGUAGCAUCAGUAGAAGGAAAUCGUGUGACUGCUGCUGAUGGCAGGGCUAUGAAAAUAACUGGAGAGGGUGACGUACAUGAAAAUGCGGAAUUAUUAGGUCAACAGUUUUACGCAUUUCGGUUAAUUCUAGCUGGUUAUCGAAAUCUAUAA